UGUCUGUGACUCUACGAGAAAUCCAGGAGAGCAACAUAUUGAGAAAAUAAAAAUAACUUUUAAUAUACCCUUAUUCCGUUUCCCGUUUCCUACACCUCGAUUCUUAAAAUGAAAAAAAUUACGGCUAAUAUUACCCUAGUCCAGACUUAUUUAUACCAAAUCCGUUAAAGAGAAGCCACCAUAUGGGAAAAAGGGGAUUGAUAUGAAAAGGGUUCAAACCGGAAUAUUGAAACAAGUAAUUUACUAUCAUGGGAAUUUAUAAAUAGAGGUAGAAACUGACAUUUUUAUUUUAACCUAAUUUUAUAUUAAGUUACAAAUUUAAUUUUGAGUACUUGGAAAUUCUAAUUAAUUGAUUAGUUAGUAAUGUCAUUAAAUUUAAUACCAUAUUUUUUUAUACCUAUCUGUCGAUUGAUAAUGCACUUAAUAAGAUUAUUGUGUAUUUUACCGUUAACUCUAAAAUGAUUACUUAUCAAUUACCCUAAAGAUCACUUACUUUAAAAAAGUGUCGACCAUAUCCACGUGUAUAAAAUCAUUAAAACCAUCAUCCUUUUUUCUCAAAUACUAUACCUAUCCCAUCCAAAAUCCUUAUUCCUUCCCUUCUAUCCCAAAAUGUUUUCAUAAAAUUAAAUGAAUUCAGGUUAAAAACAAUCAACGUCUAGGAAGAGCGACUUAUGUGAUACUCUACGAGAAAUCCAGGAGAGCAACAUAUUGAGGAAAUUAAUAUACCUAUAUCCCUUAAUCCGUUAAAGAGAAACCACCAUAUGGAAGAAAAGGGAUUGAUAUGAAAAGGGUUCAAACCGGAAUAUUGAAAAACAGUUUAAUCAAUUUUAUUAGAAAAGUAAAAUGGAAAACAACGUACUUAUGCCCACAGAAAUUGAAUUCUACGUAGAUACGAUACCAUCACUUAGUAUAUUGGAUUUGGGAUCAACUCUCUGGAUUGACUGGCACAAACGUUGCCAACAAUUAUGCCAACAAGCGGUUAUAGAAGCGUCUGCUAUGAGAGAAGAAACCGUAAAGGAAGCCUUCAUCUCGUUACAAAAGGUCACUGAUCUCAUAUAUCAGGUAAUACAGAUCAUAGUUUGGAAAAAUAAGGUGAUGCCAAUACUCUUGGAACUCGAACCUCAUCCAAAAUCAACAAUAAUAGCCUACUCGAUCUUGUUCCAUGAAGUGACUUGUGUCUCAUUACUAGAAAUAAUUCUUUAUCAUGAAAAUUCGUGGGAGAUUAUAAGUGAUCACUCGGCAGAUCUUUUGGAAUACCUGGUCUCCUCCAGUAGUCACUUAUUAAGUACGCGAUACUGCCAAGAAAUGAAGAACGAAUCCGCUAAACAAGAACUAGAAAGACAAAAAACUAAUAUUGGUUUCGAGAUUGGAAUCAAGUCGUUAACCAUCUUACGAUACUUCGCUGAAAACAUUGCGAAACUGCCUAUAGAUAUUACUAAUAGAAUAUAUCGACAUUAUGAUAUUCCGAUAUUUCUCUCUGAGAUUCUUUUAGCGGCUCCUUGGAAUGUUGAUGAUAAGGAGUAUGUUAACGGCAAAUGGAAAGAGUUAAAUUAUUCUAUAGUGAACCCCGCUGCAACUCAGUGUUGGCUUGGAAUAAGACAAUUUUUAUUAGAUCCUGUAUGUCAGAAAUACUACGCUAUAACUAAAAAUCGUAAAGGCACGUUUCUUAGAUUGUUACCUUUGAUGUCUCCAGUUUUGAUGGAUCACAUUUCGCCCUUAAUCGAGCUGAAACAUUGGCUUUGUAGAAUUGCUACAAUGGAGGAAACAUCGGAUCCUCCAAGACCUAUUAAUAUUAUAGAGGUUGUUUUAGAUUUUAAAGACCGAAUUUAUAAAGACGUGCAUAAAAUUAAGGGGAAAUACAGGAGUCUUGCUAAGAUGCAGUUGCAGUCAAUUUUUAACAACGAUAAGCAAUUUAUUCAACAAACUGCCCAAAAAUUCUCUGAAGCAUAUAAUUUGGAUUUUUUCGAAAAGUACAGUACUUCAGAUAUUACUACUACCAAUACUUGUGUGAGGUGUGAGAAAAGUUCACUGAAAAGAUGCUCUCGAUGCAAAAAAGCCUGGUAUUGCUCCCGAGCUUGUCAGGUUGAACAUUGGCCUCAACACAAGGAAUAUUGCAUUACAGAAAAGAAUGAGACAAAAUAAAAAUAUACAAAUAAAUAAUAUUGUAUUAAUUCAAUAAAGUAUAUUGUUGAAAUGAAUUACAUACAUAACAUAGUGUGUUUUACAAAGAUAACCAUUAAUUUAUAAUUGCGUUGUAAAUAUAAAUACAUCGCAUUUCCA